AUGGUUAAAAUCGUGGUGGCUGGUGGCACGGGGCAAGUUGGCCAGGAAGUCAUCGAUGCUUUAGUCGCUGCGAAGAAACACGAGAUAACAGUUUUUAGUAGAAAUGAGGCUCCCAUUGGUGAUAGCACACCCGGAUUCAUAUGGCGUGCUAUAGACUAUAACGACAAGGGCGAGCUAAGUGAAGCCUUACGAGGAAUUCACACGGUCUUAUCUUUCACCCAAACACUUUCAGAUCCAGAAAAUACCACCGAGAAAAAUCUAAUAGAUGCUGCUAUUGUCGCCGGGGUAAAACGCUUUGCACCAAGCCAAUGGGGAAGUGCUUCGACAGUAGGAAUGCCUUGGUGGGUAGGAAAAGAUAAGAUUAAAGAGUAUCUGGAGAAGGUGAAUGAGAAAGAGAAACCAGGCCUGUUUUUGGACUAUCUGGCCACUCCGUACAAAACGGCCAAACAUCUCGAGCCGUUAAAUACGAUGAUCGAUUUCCAAAAUCGACGUGCAAUUGUUGUUGAUGGUCAUGAUGCUAUCAUGACCUAUACUACGGCUGAAGAUCUUGCUGCAGUCGUCGUCAGGGCAGUCGACCUCGAUGGCGAAUGGCCAAUGAUUGGCGGUAUCAGCGGCGAUAAGCUGCCAAUCUCACAGAUACUCCAGAUUGGGGAGAAACUUCGAGGUGAGGCUUGCCAUAUCCACUCAAUUCUGGGCUGCUCACAUGGGAUUACAGGUCACCCCUUUACCAUUGACAAGGUCAAACUCGAAGAUCUUGAGAAUGGAAUUCUCACGGCAUCAUGGACACUAGAAGCGAGCCAUCCAACAGUUACAGGGGAUCAGGUUGACAAGAUGGUGAAGACUGUUCUGAUUGGCACGCUUAUAGGCAGCGCAAAAGGGGCGUGGAAUGUAUCGGACGAGGUCAACAAGCUUCUGCCGGAUUUCAGGUUCACUCAAAUAGAAGACUUCCUCGCCAAGGUUUGGCAUGGCAAGCCAUAG